AGCUCGCCCGUUGUCGCAAAUUCUUCGCCCGGCCCAUCGUUCGGACAUGGCCCUGAGGUGGGAACAAGCGUGCGUGAAAUACUCUUGGAGGAAGGGCGACGCGUUCCCCCCCAGCAGGAGCUGGGUGCGCAUUUGGGAGGGGCGCCAGGAGCGGAUCAUGAACAGGUGCAGCUUGUUCCUGUCUGGCGAGAGGGGCUCGAUGAUUGGAUACAAAUACAACUUUGUGGAGGAGGAGAACACCCUCUUGUACAAGCAUUGCAACGGAGAGUUCAAGCCCAUCAUUGUGCGGAGAGUCGGGCCCAGCGUGGUAUGCGUUCAGAAACCAGAGAUCACACUGACCCGGCUCUCUGACGCCACGAUGUUGAAGAAGGUGUGUGCAGAACAUGAUCCUCCAGUCUGGGCCCAGGUGAAGAUGUUUGCCAAGACCACUAUGCUCAAGGCUGACGGAAUUACCAUCAACCAGCAUGUGCUGAUUGUGCUGGAUGAUGAUCAGGUGGCGCCUUUGAGCAAAACCUGGAAAUUGAAGGAUAUGGCCCCUGAAGCAAAGGCCAAGGCCAAGGCCAAGGCAGCCAAGGCCAAGGCAGCCAAGGCCAGGGCCAAGCGUGCUGCCCAAAGUGUGCAGCGCGUGUACGUGAAACGGCCGUCACGUUGCCAGCCUUAGACCAGC